UUUUUUUUUUUUUUAAAGGAGUGAAUGAAGAGAUUUGAUGACAAAUUAAUACUAAAUGUCCUUUUCUGCUGGAAAUACUUUAUAUAAUGUUCAUGGUGAAAUCUGUAAUACCUUUGGCAGGUUUAAGUAUGUAAGUUCUUCAAAUUGUUAAGAAUUGCCUAACAACUCUAGAAAAUCAAAGUAGUAUGUAAGCGAAAAGCGUAAAUUCAUAAUUAAAGUUUUAUAUAAACUUAGGUAAAAAAAUCAUAUUUAUGAGAACUGCGAUGAGCUUCGUUUUCAUAAUAUGUUCUGGAAAUCAUCGCACUCUGGAUAUGACUCAGUACUGUAUAUUUAGAAAGAAUGUAAUAUAUUUAUUUGAACAAAAUAUUGAAAGAUAGGGUAAAAUUUCUAUAAGCAAAAGCAUUUUACUUCGUACAGAAUGCGAACAACAUCAUGUAGUUAGUUACGUAAUAUCAAGACCAUAAUAUUAUAGCUAUGUGUAUAGUCCUUAUCUAGAGAUAUGUAACCUAUCAUUUGACAAAAGAAAUAUUUUAAAGGAUUUUCAUGCAUAACCAAACAGGAAAGAAGCCUUGUGUGUAUGAGAUAUGUAAUUCAGACAUGUAUGUGCUUAUUCACACAGUACAUAAAUUUUAUGUACCUAUGUAACAGACCAUUUACCCUAAAAUGCAAGUUAAACAUGCAUAGUGAAGAUAAACCUUAUGAGGAAUAAAGCAAUUUUUUUCAACAAAAGAUCCAGUUACACAAACAUAUGUGUAUACACACAGGAGAAAAACCUCAUGUGUGCAAGGAAUGUAAUAAGUUAUUUAUACAAAAGGAUGAAUUAAGCAACCAUAUGCUCAUCCACACAACAAAUUGACUUUGUAUGUGAGGAGCGUAAGAUGUGAUUAAGAAAUAAGUCAUUUAAAUCAACAUACACUUAUUUACACAGUAGAAAAACCUCAUGAGUGUGAGGAAUGUAAGUCAUUUAGAGGAAAACAUGGUAAAUGUGCAUCUACUUCACUACACAGAAACUUUAUGUGUGUGAUGUAUGUAAGAAGUCAUUUGGACAAAAGAGUGCUUUAAACAAGCAUAUGCUUAUUCACACAGGAGAGAAAUGUCGUGUGAGGGUUAUGCAACAAGUCACAUACCAAAAAAACGCAAUUUAAACAUUCAUAUGCUUGCUCACACAGGAGAGAACCUCAUGUGUGUGAGGUAUGUAACAAGUCAUUUAGACAAAAAUGUGAAUUAAACAGGCAUGUGCGUAUUCACACAGGUGAGAGACCUUAUAUGUGUGAGGUAUGUAAAAGGACCUUUAAACAAAAGGGUACUGUAAACAAGCAUAUGCUUGUUCACACAGGAGAAAAACGUUAUGUGUGUGAGUUAUGUAACAAGUCGUAUGUACAAAAGUGUGGUUUAAAAGUUCAUUUGCUUGCUCACACAGGAGAAAAACCUCAUAAGUGUGAGGUCUGUAACAAAUCAUAUAGACAAAAAUGUGAUUUAAAUAAGCAUAUGUUUAUUCACACAGGAGAGAAACCACAUGUGUGUAAGGUAUGUAAUGCAUCAUAUGCACAAAAAGGUUAUUUAAACCAGCAUAUGCUUAUUCACAUAGAAGGGAAACAUCAUGUGUGUGAGUUAUGUAACAAGUCAUAUAGACAAAAAGGUGCUUUAAACAAGCAUUUGCUUAUUCACACAGGAGAGAGACCUCAUGUUUGUGACAUGUGUAAUAAGUCAUUUAGACAUAAAAAACAUUUAGACAAUCAUAUGUUUAUUCACUCAGUAGAAAAACCUCAUGUGUGUGAAAUAUGUAGUAUGUCAUUUGGGCAAAAGAGAUAUUUAUAUAAGCAUAUGCUUAUUCACGAGGAAGAGAAACCUUAUGUGUGUGAAGUAUGUAACAAAUCCUUUAAUGGAAAAGCUGAAUUAAAUAAUCAUAUGCUUUUUCAUACUGGAGAGAAACCUCAUAUCUGUGAGAUAUGUAAUAAAUUCUUCAGACUAAAGAGAUAUUUAAAUAAUCAUAUGCUUAUUCACACAGGAGAGAAAUCUUAUGUGUGUGAGUUAUGUAACAAGUCAUUUAGACAAAAAGGUGGUUUAAACUUGCAUUUGCUUGGUCACACAGGAGAGAAACCUCAUGUGUGUGAAGUAUGUAACAAAUCAUUUAGACGAAAAAUCGAUUUACAUUAUCACAUGCUUAUUCAUACUGGAGAGAAACCUCAUAUGUGUGAGAUAUGUAACAAAUUUUUCAGACUGAAGAAGUAUUUAAGUGAGCAUAUUGUAAUUCACAGACGAGAGAAAACGCAAACCUGACAUAUAAAAAUUCAUUUGUGGUAAAGGGUAGUUUAAAUGCCCAUACAUGUAUCGACAUCAGGAGAGAAACCUCUUGUGUGAAGUAUGCAAGAAAUAAUUUGGCUAGAGGAAGAAUUUGAAGGAACAUGUUUAUUUACAUAAAAUAGAAGCUUUUGAGUUGAAGCCUUGUGUGUAUGAGAUAUGUAAUCAUUCAUUUAAAUGAAAAUUCAUUUAAAUUAACAAGCACCUUUACAUAUUGUGUCCAUUUAAGAGCUUUUUCCUUGUAUGUAACUUGUAAUUUUAUCUAAAUUUAAUUCAUCAUUUAUUAACUUCUAUAAGAGAAAAACUUCUUGUAUGCAGUAUACAUCGCAAUCCACAUGGUUUACAUCGCAAGAUUCUUUUAAAGAAAUGCGAACUUUAAGCAACAUUUCCUUAUCCAUGAUAUUAAACAAGUUUUCUGAUGAAAGAGGGAAGGAAAGUUGAAAAGUUUUGAGACAGAUUCAGUUAUUCAGAAUGAGAUGAAUGUGUGGUUCUCACAUUGCUCUCAUUCCUGAACAUGAGUCCUUCAUACUGAAUUGCACUUUGCUUAUGAUGUUGUUAAAAGUUUGAAUUUUUAAAUAUUAAAUGUAGUUGUAAAAUUUUAAUACAGUGGAACCUCGAGAUACGAGUUUAAUUUUUUCCAGCAUUGAACUUGCAUAGUGAAUUUUUUGUAUCUAGAAUCAAACCUCCCCAUUGAAAAUAAUGGAAAUCCAGCUAAUCCUUUCAGCACCCCCAAAAUCUCAUUACCAUCUCAUCUUCAGUCAACGUACCUGGUGUUUUUCGGAGGAGGUCCAUCUAAAGAUUCCGAGCCUUAGCGCAAAUUAUAGCUUCUGACACCAAAUCUCCUUUUAACUGCUUCUCGUUAAUCCACACCAACAACAGUUUCUUAAUAUCUUCUAGGAGGUUUGCAUGGUGCUUGGAUGUAAUAGUAAUUCCUUUGGCCACAUGAAGUUUCUUAAUUUCUUCCUUCUUCUUCAGAAUAGUGCAGAUUGUCGAUGUUGAAUGGUCGUAAGUCUGCGAAUUCCAUCACUCCUACCCCACACUUAUGUUUAUCUAUGAUUUCUUUCUUAAUUUCACAGCCAUGGCUUCCUUUUUCUAUUUUGCAGCACUAGUUGAGGUAACAAUCUUCUUGGGAGGCAUGGUGAAAUAAAAAUAUUUUCACAUUAAAAGUAAAAUAUUCAUUAAAGUUUUGCAAAAUAUGAAACAAAAAAUAAAAUUCCAAAUUUGGGCUUCCACAUUCCCAUAU